UCAUCCUGAAAGAACCCCGACCCCUUGGAAAACUGUCUUCCAUGAAACCAGUCCCUGGUGCCAAAAAGGUUAGGGACCGCUGCUUGGCAACAUCCACUCACUCCCCUGUGGUCUACUUGAUAUAACCCGCACCCCUGUCCUGAUUGGAACAUUACUAGAUAUAUAAACCCACACUGAUGCCAUGGCUCGCUUGUGACAAAGUACCAUAGUAGCUUAAACAACAGAAAUUUAAUUUUUCGCAACUCUGGAGGCUAGGAGUUCAAGAUCAAGGUCUCGUUGUCAGCAAGGCUGGUUUCUUUACAGGCCUGGCUCACGCUCAUCCUCCCUGUGAGUCGUCUGGUUUGGCCCAUGGGCAUUCCACGGGUGACUCCUCCAGCAUCCUGGCCGCUCGCUUGAGCACCCUGCUCUGACCACGUCCUCCUGACCAUCCCGCCAUCUCACGACCCCACUCCUGCUCUGUGGUCAAGAGGAGGCCUCUAAGUCUUUGACCCCUCAUUUUGAACCCACUUCUUGGCUUUAGUGUUCCUUCUUUCCAAGCAUAUGCCCAGUGAUGAUCGUUUCAGCCACUCUCUUACCAAUAUCCUCAGUUUCCUCCCUUUUUGUAUGGCUUUAAAUCACAGAGGAACCCUUCCCCACUCCCUGCAAUCACUUAAGCAAAUGAGAAGUUUAUUUCUUCCAUGUAAAAUACAUCUUAAGAUAGGCUAGUAUGGCAGCUCCAUUUUCUUGGGGACUCAAGCUCCUUCCAGCUUUCUGGUCUACCACCCUAGGGUAGAGCCCUUGUCCUAAUGGACCUGUAUGGCUGCUAGAGCUCCAGCCAUCAAAACCAAGUUUCAGGCAGCAGGAUGGAGAGGGGGAAGGAAUCGAUAAGAUGGCACCACCUCCCCUUUAAGGCUACUUCCUGUAACUCACAUAUGACACUUCCACUUCCAUCUUAGUGGCCAUAAUGGGUCACAUGACCACAGCUAACUGCAAGGAAGGCUGAGCAAUGAAGUCUUUUAGCUGGGGAGGCACAUUCCCAGAUGAAAUGCAGUGUUCUGUUACUGAAGAGAAAAUAUAAACAUUUGGAGGCAACUGACAAUCCCUAACACAGGGAUUAUUUUGUAACAAAGUACCAUAGUGGCUUAAACAACAGAAAUUCAUUUUUUUCACAGUUCUGGAGGCUAUAAGUUCAAGAUCAAGGUUUUAUUAUCAGCAAGGCUGGUUUCUUUCCAGGCCCGUCUCCUUGGCUUGUAGGUGUUGUCUUCUCCCUGUGCCUUUUCAAACGUCCCUCUGUGUAUGUCUGUGUCCUAAUUUCCUUUUCUUCCAAGGACACCAGUCACACUGGAUUAUGGUCCACUCUAAUGACGUCAUUUUAACUUAAUCACCUCUUUAAGAACCCUACCUCCAAGUAAAUUCUAAGUAACUUUCUAAGAUACUGAAGGUUAGGUAUCCAACAUAGGAAUCUGGGAGGGUGGGACACAAUUUAGCCCAUAACACCCUGCCACAUUUCUGAUUCCCAAAACCACCACGAAAUCAAUCAGGCCAUCCACUUUCUCUUUUUUCACUGGAAAAGGCCAGAAAACCUUACAGUUUGGAGGCCAUGACAGUAGUCACAAUGCAAACACAAAGACAGAGAACAUCAAAGAGUGAAAGAGGAGUAGAAACGAGUGGAGGCCGGGACUGUGAAGCAGCCGCGGCCGGUGAAUGCCCUGUGUAAGGGGGUGGCUGCUACUAAGCUCCACCUAAUUGCUGCCUGAUGGAAAUUCAAUCUCUGUGUUGCAGCCCUUCCAGUUUUGUUUUUUUUAUUAAAGGGAUGCCAAACAUUUUAUGUGACUUUCUCAAAUUUUGUAUGUUGGCAACUGGUUCUUUAAAAAAACAAAACAAACAAACAUACAUACAUGCAUUUUCCAGGCCAAAUUUAACACCUCCAGAGGAUGGAUUUAGGCCACAGGCCACCAUUGUGGUCUCCAUUUCCAGUUGAAUCUUGGAAUUCAUUCUACACAUAUUGAGUACUUUCUAAGUCUUGUGCCCCUCUUCUGGAUCCUAAGGACACAGCACUAAAGAAGGGACAUGUUUAUUUGCUUAACAGAUGAAAGUAUAUGGUCACCACAUAUAUGAAUAUAUAUAAUUACAAUGUGGUGAGAGCUAUGAAUGAUGUGAAUGGGACAUUGUGAUUAGGUUAGAGUUGUGGUGAUGGAAAGCCAUUAAGGAGGCGACAUUUGAGGUGUAAGACAGGAGGAUGAUUAGGAAUAGGAAGAAAGAUGUGCUAGAAACAGAAGCCAGCAUGUGCAAAGGCCCUGAGGUGCCAGGGAAUGUGGUCCUUUUCAUAUUAAGGGAAACAAAAGGUGAACAGUAAGGAUGAAACAGAGGGAGGAGAAGUACACCUGAUCACAUAGGACCUAAUACGCCUUAGCGAGGAAUUUCACUUUUGUUCUACCUAAUUCCCCCAACAAGAUAAAGGCAGAUGAUGCAGAAGAGGGUUUCCAUCCUGGAGAGACUCAGGAGGCAGAAGAGACUUGGGGACUUCUCAGUCUUCACAGUAGACAGAGUGGGAGGAGAUGAAGAGAACAGAGUACGUGGCAAUAGGAGAGACACAGGGUCCUUUGAGGUUGCCUUCCCUGAUGCCGCAGAGAAAAUUAGGAAGGUCAUUAUGCAGCUUAAGGAAGCUCAGGCCUGCAUCCCUCCCUGCGGACUCCAGGAGGUCUCCAGGCGUUUCCGCUGCCGCGGGUGCUACUCUUCGGUCUGCGACCUCCCGCUGGACUGCCCAGUUCAGGAUGUGACGGUGGCUCGGGGUGACCAGGCUAUGUUCUCUUGCGUCGUGAACUUCCAGCUGCCAGAGAAGGAGAUCACCUAUUCCUGGAAGUUCGCAGGAGGAGGUCUCCGGACUCAGGACGUGUCCUACUUCCGGGAGAUGCCGCGGGCCCGCGGAUACCUGGCGCGCAUCCGGCCGGCGCAGCCCCGCCACCGCGGCACCUUCUCCUGCGCGAUCCUGCACGACCAGCGCCCCCUGGCGCGCCUCUACUUCUUCCUCAACGUGACGGGCCCGCCCCCGCGCGGGGAGACCGAGCUCCAGCUCCAGUUCCGGGAGGUGCUGCGCUGGGCCGGGCGCGAUGAGGACGCGGGCGCGGGCGAGGCCUGGAGGCCGAGCUGGGGCGAGCUGCUGGCCAGCCCCGAGGCUCUGACGCCCGGCAACCUGCUCCUGCUCGCGGCUGUGGCGGCUCUCGCGUCGGCGUCUGCGACCCUGUGGGCCUGGUGGUUCCUAUUAACUCAGGAAGGAGGAGGUGCAGCAUACUCCUGACAUGCCCAGGUGAAUGUCACCCUCAUAAUGACAGUAAUAGGCACUGCUGUCACAGUGCCCGGCUCUGUUAGGUGGAAGCCCAGACCCCUUUUCAGACUUUUGACAGUCUCCUUGACAUUUCCACUUCCAGAAGACAUCCCCAAAUAGAGUCCUCGGUGUUGUCCUCAAAGUUCUCUCCAAGACUUACUUCCUACCAGAAAGAGUACCACCAUCUACCUAGCAGUUCAAACCAGAAACCUAUUUAUUUUCUCCUCCAUUUGCAAUUCAUUUGCAUUUCCAGAUUUCAGCCUUUUUAAUUCCUAAAUGUCUGGGUCUCUGGCGCAGCCUCUCUACCAGCCUCCUUGCUCUACUGAAGCCCAUUCUGCACACCGCAGCAGGAGUAAUAUGUUAAAGUGUGUCAGAUCAGGUCACUCCUCUGCUCAGAAUCCUUCAGUGGCUCUCUACUGCCGUUGGAACAAAAUUCAACUCCUUGUCAAAGCUUCCACAGCUCCUAGAUUCUGGCCCUUGCUGACCUCACAGGCCUUGUCCCCUCCCACUCUCCCCUUUGAUCUUUCUACCCUGCAGUUUCGCUGGCCUUUCCUCCUUCCUUAUACUCAUUAUGAUUUGUCUCACCCUUUCCAGGAUCUUGGUACAUGCUGUUUCUGGCCUAGAAUUAAUUAAUUAAUUAUUUAUUUAUUUAUUUAUUUUUGUCUAGUUAACUCAAUUAUGAUUUUCCCAGAGUGGCUGUUACAUGUAUUAACCCAGUUUAUCCCUGCAACAGCUCUAUAAGGCGGCACUGUACUUGCUGACUCCACCUCACCUCAUCCCCUUUGCUACUGUCCAGCCCCAGUGGCCUCCUGCUUUGGUCCUUUGAACAUGCAAAGAUCAGCCCCAUUUUCAGGCCUUUGCAUGUGCUGUGCUUCAUACUUAAAAAACCUUUCCUCUAAACAUCAUGAACCCACCUCCCUCUCAUUGCAGAUUCCAGCUCUGGUGUCACCUCUGACUGCCCCCCCCCCCGUGACUAUUUGACAUCCCCUGAUUUUAGCUUGUGCCUAAGACUCAACGGGACCUAAUAUUAACUCAUUUUUUAAUUGGUUUUUAUUUUCCCUACCUAAAAAGGAAGCUCCUUCUGAGCAUGUAUUCAUUCUUGUUCACUGAUAAUAUUCCCUUUUAUGGAUUCAUUCAUUCAGCGAUUAUUUAUUGAGCGCUUACUAUAUGUCACGUAGAGACAGCAAUGAAGAAAUAAGAGACAAAAAAUCCAUACAAUAUUGUCAUGGAGCUUAGAUUAUAGCGGACAGUUAAGGAAAACUAUACACUCACCACUUCUGACACAAAUGUGUGGAUGUUUUUCCUCUGUACCAACCAAUUCUCCAUCUCUCUGGAUACCAGUUGAAUGUGCCAUCAUUUAAUUUCAUUUCUGAAAUCAACCACCCAGAGUUAGUGUGAAAUUCCACAGGUUUUAAGUGCUUAGGCCCACAAGACUGCCUUGAUUUCAGGUGUGAGUUGCAAGUCGAGGUUCCCACAACCUGCACCGAGCCCCCCUAGCUCAAUCAUUUGCUGGAACAGCUCACAUAACUCGGGGAAACGUUUACUUAACAUUUACAGAUUUAUUAUAAGAGACAUCAUAAAGGAAACAGAUUAAUAGCCAAAUGAAGAGGUAAAUAGGGAGAGGUCUGUAAGGUCCCACUUGCAGGGGUUUCUGUAGAGUUAGGGUGCUUCACCCUGCGGGCACGUGGAUACCUUCACCAACCUGGAAGAGUGCUCUGAACCCCAUAGUUCAGGGAGUUUUAUGGAGGCUUCCUCAUGUGGGCCUGACUGUUAAUAAUUAUUGACUCCAUCUCUAGCCUGUCUCUCCUCCCUGAGGGCGUAGGGCACAAAGUUCCUCCAAGCAAGAGCCCACCAAGAGUCAUGUUCAGACUAGAACAAAAGACAAAAGACAUGCCUAUCACCCAGGAAAUGCCAAGGGAUUUAGGAACCCUGUUUAAGACACUUCUGUCACUCACAUCACUCAGAAAAUUCUAAGAGUUUUAGAAGCUCUAUGUCCGGAACCGGGGGCAAACUCCAAAUAAGCUUCUUAUGUCACAGAAAAUAAGCAGGAAAAUGAAGUAAAAUGUGUAUCGAGUCAUGUGAUAAUAUGUGUGAUGGAGAAGAUAAAGCAGAAAGAUGGAACGGGGGAGAGGAGACAGCAAUGAGAUCCUUGGAGAAGACCUCACUUCGAAGGUGACAUUUGAAUAAAGACUUAAAGGGGGAUGAGGAUGUGAGCCAUAUGCACAUUUGUGUUAAGAGUGUUCCAGGCCAAAAAAAAAAAAAAAUUAAAUCAAAGGCCCUGAUGCAGGAGUGCUAGGCAUGUGGGAGGCACAGCCAGGAGGCCCAUGUAGCUGGAGCAAGGCCUAGGAAGUGCGUGCACAGUGACAGAGUCGAGGGUAACCACAACAGCACUGUGCAGUAGAACCCCCUCCCCUAAUGGAGAUGUUCUAGGUCUACAUUGUGCAGGAUGACAGCACCAGCCACAUGUGGUGAUGAAGGAUGUGAAAGGUGCCCAGUGCAACUGAGGAGCUGAAUUUAUCAUGUUGGGUGGCUUUAGUUAGUUUAAACUUAAAUAGCCCCUGCUCCAUGACAGCAAAAGUCACAGAGGCAUGUGUCUGGGUUUUCUCACCUGUAGAUCACUCUCUUUGUGUUUGCUUGACUAAGAGCUCCUUGAAAGCAGGAGCGGGCUCUUCAUUGUGUCUAUACUUGCAAACCUGGCAGUGUGUAUGAAAUUCAGUAGGUACUUGGUAAAUGUUUUUGUGAAUUGAAUCAACGAAUGAAUGAAUGGUUCCGUGUGGUAGUGGCUACUGUGUGGACAGUACAGCUCUAGCAUUUUUGGCCUGAACAGCUAGGAGGAUGCAAUUCUGUUGAGCAAGAUAGGGACACUGUCAAAGGAGCAGAUUUUGUGGGGAUUAGCAGGAAGGAAGGGGAGGAGAGAUGAGGAGUUGGGUCUGAGAUGCCUGUUAGAUCUCCAAGUGGAAAUGUCUUGGAGGCACUUGGAUAUACACGUCUGGAAUUUAGGGGUGAGGUCUGGUCUGAAGAUAAGUUUGGGAGACUCAUCUCCAUGUCUGGAACGUGAAUGAGACAUCCAUAACACUGGAUGAGCCAUAACACUGAAUGCUUGAGGGAAAGGGGUGUGGAUGGAUAAGAGGUUUCUCCAAUGUCAAGUAGCUACAUGAAGAGGAUCUAUGAAAGAAAACUGAGGAUAGAGGAAAGCAGCAUAGCCAUGGCAUUCUGAAGGCCAAGUGAAGAAGGCAUUUCAAGAAGUGAUUAACUGUGUCAGGUGCUGCCAAAUCAUGAAACAGGGAGCCUGAGAAUUGGCCAUUGGUUUUACCAGUGUGGAUAUCAUUGGUGAACUUGACAACAGCAGUUUCCAUGGGAGGACAACCAUCUGAUUGACAUGAAUUUAAGAGUCAAUGGGAGUCAACAUCAGUCAUUAGGGAAAUGCCAGUCAAAACCAUAAUGAGAUACCAUUCCACACCCACUAGGAUGGUUGUAAUCAAAAAGUCAAGUAAUAACAAAUGUAUCAAGGGUAUAGAGGAAUUAGAGCCCGCAUACAUUGCUGGGGAAUGUAAAAUGGUGCAGCCCUGUGGAAAACUGACAGUUCCUCAUAAAAUUAAACAUAAAAUUACUGUAGGACCCAGCAGUUUCAUUCCCAGGUAUAUACCUAAGAGAAUUAAAAACCUACGUCCACACAAAAAAACUGGUACAUGAAUGUUCAUAGUAGCAUCAUUCAUAACAGCCCCAAAGUGGAAGCAUCCUAAAUGUCAGCUGAUAAAUGGAUAACAAAAUGUGAUAUAUCCAUGCUAUGGAAUAUUACUUGACAAUAAAAAGGAAUGAAUCCAUGAUACCUGCAAGAACAGGAAUGAACCUUGAAAACAUGAUGCUAAAUGGAAGAAGUCAGUCACAAAAGAGCACAUACUGCAUGAUUUCAUUUCUGUGUACCAUCCAUAAUAAGGUGAAGCUAUAGAGACAAAGCAGAUCAGUGGCUGCCUAGGUCUUGGGGGGACAACAAAAUGAGGAAUUAAGAGUGACUGCCAACGGGUAUGGGGUUCCUUUUUGGGGAUGAUGAAAAUGUUUCAAAGUCAGAUUAUGCUUAAGUCUGCACAAAACUAUAAACUUACUGAAAACCA